GCGGUGGCGGCGGCGGCGGCAGAGGAGGAACCUGACACGCACCAGCCCCGCUCCCGCCCCAGUCGAAGCCGAAGCUGCAGCCGGCACGGGGCCGGGGCCAUGGGCGCCCCGCGCGGCCCGGGUCAUGAGGACGGAGGCGGAGGCAGCGGGGCCGCCGCUCGAGCCGGGAGACUUUGUGCAGCUGCCUGUGCCCAUUAUCCAGCAGCUCUACCACUGGGACUGUGGCCUGGCCUGCUCCAAGAUGGUGCUGCGGUACCUGGGCCCGCUGGACGACAGUGAGUUUGAGAGUGCCCUGCAGGAGCUGCGGCUAACCAGGAGCAUCUGGACCAUUGACCUGGCCUACCUGAUGCGCCACUUUGGCGUGAGGCACCGCUUCUGCACUCAGACCCUGGGUGUCGACAAGGGCUACAAGAACCAGUCCUUCUACAGGAAGCACUUUGACACAGAGGAGACCCGGGUGAACCAGCUGUUCGCACAAGCCAAGGCCUGCAAGGUGCUCGUGGAGAAAUGCACAGUGAGUGUGCAGGACAUCCAGGAGCACCUGGCCCAGGGCCACGUGGCCAUUGUGCUGGUGAACUCUGGGGUACUGCACUGCGACCUCUGUUCCAGUCCCGUCAAGUACUGCUGCUUCGCCCCCAGUGGCCACCGCUGCUUCUGCCGCACCCCCGACUACCAGGGCCACUUCAUCGUGCUACGUGGCUACAACCGGGCCACUGGCUGCAUCUUCUACAACAAUCCAGCCUACGCUGACCCAGGAAUGUGCAGCACCAGCAUCAGUAACUUCGAGGAAGCCAGAACCAGUUAUGGCACAGAUGAGGACAUCCUCUUUGUCUACUUGGACAGCUGACAGCGGGAGCCUGGUGUGCCCAGGCCCUCACACCCUGCCCCACCCUAGCCGGGCCAACUCAGGAGGCCUUGGCCCAGGCCCCGAGCUGCUGGGGCUUGGAUGCGGAACUGCAGCCUUGACCCGUGUGACAAAGCCCCAGGGAAUUCUUAGAGCCUGAGGCAUGCGUGCUUUGUCUGCCAGCGUCAUGCGUGUCGUCAUGCCACUUAGCCUACGCACCUGCUGGUUGCUGGAGGCAUCCCCAGAGCAUCUGAGUAAAGCCUCCCCUAGGACCCCAAGCCUGACUUGAACCGUGCCCAGAGGACUUCCAGCCCUCUGGGUGCCCUUGUUGCCUGUGAACCAGACCCAGGGCAGGGGAGAAGCCUGAGCUCGUCUCCCCACAGACCUGGGGG